AUGCUGGCCAUCAAUUUCGCUGAUCGCCUGGUCGUACAACCUUUCGCGGCUUACAUUGACUCGGGAAAUUUCAUCGAACACUACGCACCGGACCAAGAGAUCCUCCUCAGACGGGUCAUUUUCCGCGACUCUAGUGUAUUCGAGCCCCAAGUCGUCAGCCUGCGUGCCGUCACAGCCAUUUGGUGGGUGUGGAACAGCGUCCGCGCCCUGGAGACCGGCCACGCCAUCCUCGCUGUGAUCAGCGUCUGCAUACUCCGGCUUGACGAUCCUUCGGACUGGCCGCCAUUGUACGGGAGCCCGUUUGAGGCGUACACCGUCCGCCGCUUCUGGGGCAAGUUCUGGCAUAACUGCAUGGUACCAUCGGCUUGGGAGUGGGCCAGCCGUGUGGCGCAGACUCUGGGACUACGUAAGGGCAGCAGCUCUGAAAAGUCCUUUGCGGCGUUUGGCAUCUUUCUGGUGUCUGGGAUCUCCCAUGCCGUGGUGGCCUGGAAGAUUCGAGAGGGCGAAGCACUGCGGGAUGUCAUGUUUUUCGUUGCCAAUUAUGGUAUAAUUGUCGUUGAGAGAGGAUUAGGACGGGUCAUCGGGCUACUAUGGGUCUACAGCUGGUUCUUUUGGAUGACUCCGAGAUGGCUGUAUCCGAAGUUUUACUUGUGGUCUCUCCAGAUUCAACACGUAGAACCUGUGCUUGCCUAA